AUUCUCUAUAUAUUCUUCCAUUUACCUCCUUUUUCUCUCUUCAAACUUCAAACCAUUCCAAUUAAAUUUAUUUCAUUUAUCCUCUCAAAUAAAUGGGCGAGAAAAAAGAAGAAACCAAAGUUAAAGGAGCAGACAAGAAGAAAGAAGGCGGAGAGAAGGCUGCCACCAUAGUGUUAAAGCUCGAUUUGCAUUGUGAAGGCUGUGCCAAGAAAGUCAGACGUUUCAUUCGCCACACUGAAGGUGUGGAAGAUGUGAAAUCGGACUGUGAAAAUGGAAAAUUGACAGUAAAAGGGAAUGUGGACCCCUCAUGGCUCCGGGAAAGGGUGGAAAUCAAGACCAAGAAGAAGGUGGAGCUGAUAUCAUCGCCGCCCAAAAAGGACGGCGGCAGUGGCGGCGCCGGCGGAGAUAAAAAAUCUAACGACAAAACAGAGAAAAAGAAAGAGGAGAAGAAAGACGAGGAGAAGAAACCUAAAGAGCCUCAAGCAAGCACUGUGGUGUUGAAGAUUCGGAUGCACUGUGACGGGUGUGCACAUAAAACAAAACGAAUUAUAAAAAAGAUUAAAGGGGUACAAGAGGUGACAAUACAAUCAGAAAAAGAUUUGGUCACGAUAAAGGGGAUAGUGGAUAUAAAGAAGCUAAUUCCUUACUUGACAGAUAAAUUAAAGCAAAAUGUUGAAGUUGUUACACCAAAGAAAGACAAUGGAGGUGGUGAAAAGAAAGACAAAGAGGGUGGCAAUGACAAGAAGGAGAAAGAGAGUGGCGGUGGCGGCGUCAGCGGCGGCGGGGACAAGAAAGAGAAAGGCGGUGUCGACGCCGAGAAAAAAGACGGCGAGUCGAAAGAGAAGAAGACAGAAGUGAUCAACAAAAUAGAAUACUAUGGUUACAACUCAAAUACAUAUUAUGCAAUGCCUAUGCAUAACCAAAGUCAUAUGAAUCAAGAUUAUGGCUUGACAACGUACGAUCCACGUUAUGCUCAUACAAGCUAUGCACACCAACCACAAUAUGUGCCACCACCUCCUCCACCAACGUACUUGAACGCACCACAAAUGUUCAGUGAUGAAAACCCUAAUGGUUGCUCGGUCAUGUGAAUGACGCGAACUUUUAAGUAAAGUACGGAACGAGUCUUGUCUACGAAGUAGAGCGACAAUAGUGACCUCAUUUUAUUUGUUUCUGGCGAAGCUUCUAGCUUUAAAUUGAAUUUUAGCUCAGCUAAAUUGUAAGUAAAUCAAAUAUUAAGAAGUUGAAAAAAUAGAAAUAUGCGAAAGCAUUUAUACGAGGAUAGGAUUUCUUUUUAGGAAGUUUCAUUAGGUUAGUUAGAAACGGCUAAACCACCGAUGGUGGAUUAGUAGGUGUUUAUUUAUUUAUUUUAGACUUGUAUGCCAUUAAUUAGUUGGUUACUUAUGAUAUAUUCAAUUUUUUGGAAAGAAUUAUAUAAAUUUCUUCAUUUUCUAUUA